AAAAACUGAUGUGAGCUCAGAUUCUGUAAUCAUGAUGUUUGGCACCAUGUGACCCCGCCCCCAACAACAAGCCCCGCCCAGGCGGCAGACCACGCCCUCCCAAUGACAUCACCCUGCACAGCUCCAGAGGCAGACGGAGGUUCGAACCUGCAUGAGAAGCAGAAAAUGGCCGACUGCACCAGCAGUUGUGACUCUUCAUCAUCCAACAACUCCUCUUCCUCCUCACUCAGAGACCUCACACAUGCAGCCUUACAUCUCACCCACUGGAAAGAAUUCAAGAAGUCGGCAGUGGCAUUUGGACUAUCACUGCUAGUCCUGGUCUCUAUGGCAACACUGUCAGUCAUCAGUGUGGUGUCGUACCUGCUGCUGGCUUGCCUCUGUGUCACCAUCACCUUCAGGGUUUAUAAAUCUGUGAUCCAGGCCAUCCAGAAGUCAGACGAAGGUCAUCCGUUCAGGUAUCUGCUAGAGAGGGACAUCUCUGUGUGCUCAGAGUCAGUCCGGCAGCUGGCUGAUCAGUGUCUGAUCUACCUGAACUGGUUCAACUAUCACACUAGGAGGCUGAUGCUUGUGGAAGACCUGGUCGACUCUCUGAAGCUGGCUGCUGCUAUGUGGAUCAUGACAUAUAUUGGUGCUGUCUUUAAUGGUGUCACCAUAUUGAUUCUCGCUAAUGUCAUCUUCUUCACCACGCCACUGAUCUACCAGAAGAAAAAGGCUCAGAUUGAUGGGCUAAUCAAGAUGGUUCGGACCAGACUGGAGGAAACAAUGCAGAAGCUGCAGGACAGGUUACCUGGAGCUGUACAGCGGACCAAAGCUGAGUGACACCUGAGCAUGUUUGGCUCCUCCCCCUCCAUCUUGAUUGUAGGGCUGGCUCUCGAAGAUGUUUAAUAAAAGGAGUAGCAAUGAACAGUUUGCUGUUUUUACUCUGUAUUCUAGCUCUACUCUCUGCAAGUUGUUGAUGAUCCUCAAAAUGUUACACUUCUCUCUAUGAAUCUAAGUGAUUCCAGUGACCGGUGGUUGACUUUCAACAGUUAUUUAGCACACUUUUCUACAAAGCGGCUUACAUCUGAGAGGAAGAACAACACAAGCAAGAAUUCACCCA